CGCAAUUUCAGACUUCUCUUCCUCCCCUGUAGACCCAGAGACCACCGACGACGGGUCACAGGCGACGGGAGCUUCAGGUUGUACUUUGUACGACCGAGGCCCGAGGGGCGGCGAGCGCGGCGCUGGAAGGAUUGACGGAGAAUCCGCGGAAGUCCAGGCAGCCCGCCCGCGCGCGCCGGCUCCCCUGGCGACGGCCGCAUCUCGUCGCCUACUCGCCUGUGCCCUUACCCAGCCAAUCCGUCAGUCUAGUGGGGUUGGAGUGGAGAUCCAUUCGGACGUGGGCUGCUCCCUUCUUUUGUCGUUGCGCGCUAAUUUGAGUUGUUCUCCUUCAGCGUGCUAAUUUCAGUCGAUUCUCGAUCUUGUUUCUAUAUUCAGUUCGAGCACAGGGAUCGUCUCCUCUCACACUGAGUUGCUGGUUUAUUCUGAAGAUCUUUCAAGCUAAGUUCGGAUGAUGGCUGCGGCUAAUGGAAUAGUAGUCCGUGCAUCCACAAAGGAACCCUUGUUUUCCUUUGGUGUCAUAGCUGAUGUUCAGUAUGCUGAUAUCCCAGAUGGCCGCUCGUUCCUCGGUGUCCCACGAUACUACCGCCACAGCAUCAGCGUCCUCCAAAGGGCUGUCAACAGGUGGAACGAACAAGGCAGCAUCAAGUUCUCGAUCAAUUUUGGCGACAUCAUUGAUGGUUACUGCCCAAAGGAUAAAUCAUUAUGGGCGGUGCAGAAGGUCCUUGAUGAAUUUGACAAGUUUGAUGGCCCAACAUAUCACAUGAUUGGCAACCACUGCCUGUACAACCUUCCGCGCAGCAAGCUGGUGUCUCUGCUUAAGAUUUCAACAGAUUCUGAUCACGCUUAUUAUGACUUCUCGCCAUGCCCCGGGUUCAGAAUCGUUGUUCUAGAUGCUUAUGACUUCAGUUGCCUUGGCUGGCCCAAUGAUCAUCCUGUGACUGCAGCAGCAAUGAAGCUACUGGAUGAGAAGAACCCAAACACUGACAAGAACAGCCCUGAUGGUCUGGUCGGCGUCGACAGGCGGUUCGUGAAGUUCAAUGGCGCAGUUGGCAAGGAGCAGCUGUCCUGGCUCAAUGGUGUCCUUAAGGACGCAUCGACGCACCAUCAAAAUGUCAUCAUAUGCAGCCAUCUCCCAAUGGAUCCCGGGGCAUCUUCCCCUGCAGCUCUCAUGUGGAACUACGAUGAGGUGAUGGCUAUUGUUCACCGGUACAACUGUGUCAAGGCCUGCUUUGCCGGGCAUGACCACAAGGGUGGCCACUCUGUGGACUCACACGGUGUGCACCACCGCACCCUCGAGGCUGCCUUGGAGUGUCCUCCUGGCACCAGCGCAUUUGGUCAUGUCGAAGUGUAUCCUGACAGGCUGCUGCUUGUAGGUGUUGACAGAAUGGCUAAUACUGAGAUCCCUUUCUAAGCCAUUAGAGUGUUUGUCUAGCACACAAAAAUUCAUGCGACUUCGUUGUCAUAAUUCCAUUGAAACAGGAUUGCAAUAAUGAAAUGAAAUUCCCUAUGGUCCUUGGUUUCUAUUGAGGAUUGCUCGAGUAUAAGCCCAUAAACAAUCAUGCUGUAAUCCCUUUGCUGCAGCUUCUUUACACGAAUGUGUCUAACAAUAAUCAUGGAUUUUACUGCUUGGAUCGGAAGGAUUAAUCACUAAACGCAGCCAUGGGGUCACAGCAUCUCUUGCUACUGCCCUUGUCCAACCAUAGGAGGCUGAUCAAACUUACAUUGUAUGCACUCUUAAAAUUGUUUCCUUUUUCAGUCCUUGUAUGGAUGGUUUGAUUUUUUGAGACUAAAAUAUAUGAUUUCGUUCACACCA